AUGCGUUCUACGUCUAUUCUUCAAAUUUUUGCGACCUCAGCAUACGUUGCUAUUGCAGCAGCUGACAGUUGCUGUUGGGGUGACAACUGGGCCGAUACCAACUGGCUGUGGCUCAAAUGGGACGAACCUGCAGGAGUCGUUAGAUGCGGCUUGAGUGGAACAUUCCCUGCCGGUACGAAAUGCACCAUCGAAAACUCCAAGGACGCAAAGGGCAACCUCCAAGCGUUGACAAACGUCACAUUUGGCGGUAACUCCGCACCAUUCAAGUUCCGCAUUGGCAUCAACCCCAACAGCUGCGACCCUUUGCCUAGCGAUCAGGUCGUUACUGGAUGGGAGGGCUGGGGAGCAAAUCUUUUUGAAGGCCAUGACCUCACGACGCAAAGACUUGACGCCUUUAUUGGAGAACCAGCUAGAGCCAUUGUGCUGGAGGAAAGGUCGUUGGACUGUGUAAUGGAGAGCCUUGAAAACGGCUGCUCAAGUGACGGAGUUAUUUUUUCCAUGUGCAUGAAUGCUCGCAGAAUAUCCCAGAUUCCUAAUGAUAUGAUGUCUCAGUGCUACAUCUUUCUCAUUCAAUUACCUAGAUGCAACUGGGACUUUCGGCCGACUUACUCUCCUGCCUGCCAUCUUCUGCUUUUGAUCAACUCUCAAUCACGCGUCGCCAGGGAAUGGAUCUGGGAACCUGCUUGUUUCCGCGAAGAUUAUUUGCGGAAUAUGGUUCAAGUGAUAAGCGGUCUCGCUCAGGUCCCCCGCAACCAAGCUUCUGCCCAAGCUCUCAGCUGUCACAUCACCCCGCGAUACGAGAUUUUUUCCAGAAACCGAACUAGAAUACCAACGACUGGGGGCGGUCUCUAUGACAAGGCGGCGUGCAGUAGCCGCCCGGCGUCAUGGAACGGCGGGAUCAUCGGAUGCCACGGGGGGAACAUGAUUCAGUUGCUCUCCUCGCUCCUCUCGUGGUCAACCUUAAAUACACCAUCCAACAACAUGUUUACGAGACUUUUAUUCUUCUGUUUCUCAUUGACGCUCCUCGUCUUUCCGGUUGCGCUUGCAAACGAACACGCCAAAUGCUACUGUGUUAUCAAUGAUGUAUCUCAUAAGUGUCUCACGGAAAAGGCCUGCGAUGUUUACCGGACAUCGCAAAAGAUCUUCGAGAAUGACAACCCGCAAAACGUUAACACAACAAUGCUGUGGCACGUUUGCGCAACUAUUGCUCCUAAGGAUGGCGGCCGGACACGGUACGUCUCUGGAUUUGGCGGCAACGAGUUCAAGGACUCUUGCAUCCAGGCUCAGAACUCCGGUGUAUGUGCCGACGCCAGUGGUACUAUUGGCUCAAAAAAUGAUACCAUCAGCGUCGACCGAAAUGUUGGAGUGAUUUCAGCCAGUCAGGUUGUAUAG